AUGGAGCAUAUCGUGAAACCAGCAACUGCCCUAAUAUCAUUAGCUGCUGUGGCCAGUAGUACAAUGAUCUAUCCAAAGAUUGCACCCUCACCGAUUACAUUCCUCUGCGCCAUUGGCAUUCCUGUCGAGGAUUUACCCUUUGAGUCUGUUGUCUCUGGCUAUGCGCUCCGGAUGCAAUACUUUCUGCCCAACAAUGCGACGGAGAUUACACGCGUCUAUCUAAAGCCACAGCCCAUAACGGAUAGAAAAUGUAUUAAAGAUGAAUUAAACUUGGGUUCAGUUUAUCGCUGGAUAUUCUAUCGUGGCAUUGAGAUGGUUUUACAAAGCAUGAAUUUGCCUGGACACAGCUGCCUGCUGCGUGUGAUCUGCGAGCACGCGGCGCUGCCUUUCAGUCAUGAAAGCGGCUUGCUGGCUGAGCUGCUGCAUAUCCUCUUAACGCCGUCGAGCACGAAGGAUCUGCUGGAAAGGCGCAAGGAUCGCACCUAUUUAUUGGCGGAGCGUUUUGGCUCGCAAGCAUUAUUUAAGGUGCCCGUCCCAUCAGGAGAUUAA